AUGGCCUUGAACAAGUUAACCUUUAUUACUUGCUCAUUCCUAGUUACCCUACUCAUCUUAAACUGGGAAAUUCAGUCUAUUGAUGCAAGGUAUUUGAAAUCAAGGAGUAGUGAACUCCAAAACCUCCCAAUUAACAACAAAACCCACGAAAACAAAACGGAGGAUAAUGCAGGUCACAAAAGUGACUUGCAUGGUAAGAGCUCUACUGAAGCAUCAUUAGUUGUAUCUCCGCCUCCACCACAAAGUGGUCAGGUUGGUGGUUCAGCACAGCCACCACCAUCACCAGCGCAUGCCGUAGAUGACUUCAGGCCCACAGCUCCAGGUCACAGCCCCGGCGUUGGACAUUCUCUACAGAAUUAG